AUGCCCGCGCCGGCAAGACCCCAGACCCACCACUCACAGUUGUCAGGGGCACAAGCUGUCCAAGGUCUCCCCGCUGUCGACCCCGCCUUCACUGCGCCCGACUUUGACGUCAAAGCAUGGAUCAACAACAUCCUCACCACCGUUCCUCGUCAGUCUGAACCAACUUCAUCCACUACAACAAACAACUCCUCAUCAACGCCGGUCUCGCCAUCCCUCAGCGGCAUCAAGGGUGUAAGGUCUUCCGCCUCAUCUGUCGCGGGAGACAAUGGUGACGCAUCUUUGGACGCUUCACUCGACCUUCUUCAGACACCUGCACUCGACCCUGUCCUCGAUGAGAAGGACGGAGUCGAAGACACUUCCUCGAGCAGCUCAGCGACGCCACCAUCAAGUCGGCAAACUGCAGGACCAGCAGCAGGAUCAACAACAUCCAAAAGUCAGACAACAAUCUUGACCCAACACGCGACUACACACCUCACAAAACUGCACCUACUCGCUGGUCAGACUUCAGCAGCCCUAUCGUCCGCAACUCAGGAUAUGGUCAAGCUUCUCCCGCGUCUGACCCACGAGCUCGACCAGUUGCGCCAGGAGACAAGAGCGCUUCAGGAGGGCAUCCGUCUUGUCAGAGGAGACAUCAACACCGUCGACUCUAACGAUACCGUUCAGGCUCUGGAUCGUCUCAAGUACCUGGAUCUGGUCAAGACUCGCAUGGAGGCCACACAUUCUGCUCUUCGCGAGGCUGAGAACUGGAGAAAUCUCGAGGCAGAGGCAAAGGAUAUCUUGGCCAAGGGCGACUUCACCAGGGCUGCCACAAGACUUUCGGAAGCCGAGCGGUCACUUGUCGUUUACAAGAACACCAACGUCGAAGGCGAUCGCAUGACUCUCUUGCUCUCCCUCAAGGAUCAACUGGAGCAGCAGGUCAUGGGCAAAGUCAAGGAAGCGCUAGACCAGAAGGAUACCGCUGCCUGUCAAGACCUGAUCAAGGUCUUCGGUCUCAUCGGGCGUCAGGAAAAGUUCCAGGACUUCUACAUCUCGCAACGACGCGCACCUCUGUUAGAGCAGUGGAAGCGGUUAACACUAGCACUGAAUCUUGGUCUCCGACCAGGCGGGUCAGGCAGACCAGGCACUCCUACCACCGCCACCGCCGACUCGAAGGAUUUCACCGCCUCCCUCCAGACUUUCUACAAGGAUGCAUCCAGUAUGCUGCACGACGAGUUUGCUUGGAUCACCAGCAUCUUUUCGGACCCCUCGGCCACCAUCCACGGUCUUGUCCACGACAUUUUCUCACACAUCGACCCCAACAUGCAGGUGGCCCUCCAGCAGGUUACAAAGUCUCAGGGCGAUGAGGGGGGACUUCCUGUUCUGAUCUCGGCUUUCAUGGCAACUGAGGCCUUUGGCACUAGGAUGGAGCGCAUUGUUUCUCAACCCCUCGUCGGAAACCAGCGGGAGCACAGCGGGAACCGGUCAAGAGCAGGAAGUCUGGUCGUGCCUGAUGGCUCCAGGGACGGCAAGGGCAACCGGGCGUCGUUCAUUCAGGACAAAAACAUCGAUCUCAAGUCAUUCCAAGAUCCUCACGAGUGGGCAUAUGUUCUCUACGAACCUUUUAUGGGCUACCAGCGGAACUAUGGCAAGCUAGAGGGAGCACAUUUGAGGGCGCUGCUGACGACAUCGGUACCUGCGAUGGCACCUUACCUGGACCCUGUAACAAGGAGCAGAGGAAUCGCCAAGAGCAGCUCGCAUCUGGUCAAGAUCAUGACGAAUACCAACGCCCUUGCCUUCAACCUGGCCGAAGGAGCGAUUGGUCGGUGUAUGAGAUUGACUCAUGGUUUCGGAGCUCCAGGACUGUUGGAUGGACUCACUGGGUUCUUCAAGGACAUUAUGGAUCGCUACUCUGAGAUCUUGGCCGAGUGCCGCCAGAGGUCGGGACUGCAAGUGGAUGCAAAUGGAAACAAAAUUACCGCUGUCGCCACCGCCAAACAGAACGAGUACGGGUCACACUCUCGACAGGGCUCCAAGUACGACAACCAGCUUUCGGAUUCUGCAGAGGACACGGAUUCGGAUGGUUGGGAUGAGGAUGUGCAUGAGCAGGACCAGAGACUCUUCCAGAUGGGCUGUCGGUUGAUGGUUUUGUGUAAACAGCUCUGUCAGAGGUUGGACCAGCUGGAUGUCAAGACCAAGAAGGCGCUUCGGGGCGUUGAGGAGUUUGUUAAUAUGGACCAAAGCAACUACCAGGACGGAGGUCACCUUUCAGUCGACCAAGGAUCGUCAGUGUCGGGACUCAAGUCUGCAACAGCUAUCCAACCACCCAACGCCUCGAUCGCCCUCCUUCAGCAGUCCAACUUGAACAGUUUCCGCCUCUCCGAGAUUCUGGAGAUUGUCAAAAAGUCGAGCCUAAAGGACGAAACGACACCCAAGGACCAGAUUUCGGCAGAGACAGAUCUUGGAUUAGACCCCAAGCCUUACCACCUGUUCUUGCAGAGUCACCAACGCGCAGUUCAGUUGACAAAGCUCUGUCAGCGGUUUAUUUUCGAUUCUGUUUACAUUCCUCUGUCGCGACCAUUGGCAGAUCUGGCGUUGCUUCCUUGCUGGACCGAGGGGGUUGACGAGCCUGGUGGACUCAGCGAUAAGGUUGCGCGGAGGGUGCAUCAGUCGACAAUGGGAGGCACACGGACGGAUGUGAUCAAGUUCCGGUCCAGUCCUAGUGAUUACAUGGAGGAGCUGCUGAGGCAGUUGUUAGCGUUGCCGUUAACAUUUGGAACGUAUGAGGGAGACCCUGGUCUGAGGUUCGGGAUCCUUUCGUUACCAUAUGCGGAUCGACCCUUGGAGCUCCAGAACCAGCAGGAGUCUAUGUUUGCCGAGGGAGGCGAUGGAUCUGGAGAGAAGAGCCUGGAUGCGGAUCAGGAUCUUGGAGUUGGGUCGGCCGACAAUAAGUCUAAGGGAGAGGGUGAUGACGAUGGAGGGGAGUCAUUGGAGGAUGAGGAUGAUUUAGCGGUGAUGCAUCGCUGGAUCACGUCGCUCUCUCGGGCCGCGAUGCAUACGAUUAUCGAGCGCCUUUAUGACCCCAAUCUCGGCGAGUUUACAUCCUCACCGAUAACACCUUCUUCUGCCACCAUGGCAUCUCAACAACAACAACAGAGGAACCGGUUCGGAGGUCCCACAUCGUCGCCCGUCCCGUCGUCUUCCCCCGUUGGUGGUGUGACGGCCAACGCCAAAAAGCAGCAUUACUUGAGUCGACUCUCGGAGGCUGGUGUCAACCAGUUGAGUAUGGACUUGGGGUACUUUGUUGAUACUUGUUUGGGCUCCUUGGCGAUUGAGCCAACACCCAGUAUUCGGUCUUUGAUCAAGGCGUUGAGGAUGAGUGAGGCAGGGCUGCUGAUGGCUUUGCAGCAGAUGCAGCAGCAGCAACUGGAGCAGCAGGAACAGGAUAGCUCUGUUGAUGCUACCGCUACUGCAGAGGCAGAGUCGCCGGUGUCGGUUUCGCAGGGUGCCGGAGCAGUGCCGAACGGUGGUGCGUCGUUGGAGCCUCACCAGGUGUCGAUUGUUAUCCCUGGCGCGCCCGUGUUGCCGUACGUUUUGGCGGUUGGGGAUGAGGAUAUCCCUGGCCAGAUGGAGCUUGAGAUUGUUGUCUUCAAGUGGGUUGCUCGUCUCAAGGGUAUCACUAUUCCUUCUUCAUAG